AUGAUGGACCCUGUACAGGCACAGGUGAAUGUGGAGGACGUGUUUGUGUCCUUCUCCCCGGAGGAGUGGGGGCUCCUGGACGAGGCUCAGCGAUGCCUGUACUGCGACGUGAUGCUGGAGAACUUCGCCCUUCUGGCCUCGCUGGGUUCUUGGCCUGGCGUGGAGGAUGAGAUACCUUUUAAGCAAAGGGUUUCUGCAGAAGGAGUGUCACAGGUCGGGACUCUCAAGUCAGGCCCUGCCACCCAGCAAGCCUACUCCCGUGAGGCAGGUGGCCUGGUCCUGAAAGACAUUUCACACUUGGCUGAGCACCAAGCAACACACUCUGGGCAGAAGCCGUGUGGGGAACAAUUCUGGCUCAGUGGGAACCUUCAGCACCAGAAACAGAGUCGGGGAGAGAAGCCCUUCAGAGAAGACGAGGGCCGGGCCUUUCUCGUGAACAGCUGCCCUGUCCAGCCCCUGGAGGUGCCCUCUGUGCCUGGGGAGGCCCGUGAGGACUUCUCAGCUCGCUCGGGCAGUUCCCAGCACCGCGCUCCGCAGGGUGACGGCACGUGUGUGGAGGCCUUGCGUAGUGGACAGCGGCAUUAUGAAUGCAGCGAAUGUGGGAAAGCCUUUAGCCGCAAAGACUCGCUCGUCCAGCACCACAGAGUCCACACUGGAGAAAGGCCAUACGAGUGCAGCGAGUGUGGGAAAACCUUCAGCCGCAAACCCAUCCUUGCUCAGCACCAGCGAAUUCACACUGGAGAAAUGCCCUACGAAUGUGGCAUCUGUGGGAAAGUUUUCAAUCACAGCUCAAACCUUAUUGUACACCAAAGAGUUCACACUGGAGCAAGGCCUUACAAAUGCAAUGAAUGUGGGAAAGCCUACAGCCACAAAUCCACGCUUGUCCAGCACGAGAGCGUCCACACUGGAGAAAGGCCGUACGAGUGCAGCGAAUGUGGGAAAUACUUUGGUCACAAAUACAGACUCAUCAAACACUGGAGUGUUCACACCGGGGCACGGCCUUACGAGUGCAUUGAGUGCGGGAAAUUCUUUACCCAAAGCUCCGACCUUGUUGCACACCAGAGGGUCCACAAUGGUGAGAAGCCCUACGUGUGCAGCGAGUGUGGGAAAGCCUUUAGCCACAAGCAUGUGCUUGUUCAGCACCAUAGGAUCCACACUGGAGAAAGGCCAUAUAAGUGCAGUGAGUGCGGGAAGGCCUUCAGGCAAAGGGCUUCCCUCAUCCGACACUGGAAAGUCCACACUGGAGAAAGGCCAUAG